GGAAUGCUAUAAUAGUAAUCAAUUAAUGAAAACAUGCAUGCAUAUCAAUUCAAUGACAACAACCUAGUAACCAAAUUUUAAUUGCUUCGUACUUUAACACAAAAUGUUACCAACUUUUGUCAUUCCUAUUACAUUAUCUAUAUAAAUAGAGUCUUAUCUCUAUGUACAAUAUAGAAUCAUCAAAACCUAAUUCAAUAUCUUCACACUACCAUGGCAAGAAGAAAAAUUAGGUUGACCUAUAUCACCAAUGAAUCCCAAAGGAAAGCUUCGUAUAAAAAGAGAAAGAAGGGAUUGUUGAAGAAGCUUGAAGAGCUGACAAUCUUGUGCAGCGUAGAGGCAUGCACUAUCAUGUACAGCUCUCUGGAACCGGAGCCAGUAGUGUGGCCAUCGGCAGAAGGCGUGCAACACACGGUGACUAUGUUCAGGAGCCUUCCUGAUAUAGAGCGAACCAGAAGGAUGACGAACCAAGAGAGUUUUGUCCAUGAGAGGAUUCAAAAGCUCAACACUACUAUUCUCAGGCUGAAGAAGGAGAAUCGGGAGAAGGAGAUGACGACGCUCAUGUACAAAAUCCUCGCCGGGGAGCAGAUCGAUAGGUCGUUGGAUGUUGCCGAUUUGAACGACUUGGGUUGGGUCAUUAACUUACAUUUGGCGGAGAUUAAUAAGCGGAUUGAGACCUUAAAGGGUAAUAACAUGGACGGUGCUAGUACCUCAACAUCAGUUGUUGGGGCUGAUUUGGCAGAGGCAGUGGCAGGCACGGUCAACUAUCGUCAAGUUCCCGAAAACAUGAUGAACAAUAUUGUCAUCCCAAAUCCCAUUUUUCCAAUGAACAAUAAUAUUGUGGAACCGCCGCCUUCUCUGGUAGGGUGGAAUUAUGAGGGUUGGGCUCAGCAUAUGAACAUGAUGAAUAGAAACAACAACAACGACCAAAAUGAUCCGACUCAACCUGGAACUAGCGGCUUUAACAAUUAAAGCUCUUCCAUUCCAUGGCUAUUUGAUGUGUUGCUGUCAUCAGAUCUAUAUUAUUUACAACAGUCUUUCUUAGCUCUUCUGUUGAAUGUUGAUGCAUGGGAAACUACAUUCAAUGAUAUCUAAAUAAUGUCAUCUUAGAUGUUUCCAUUUUGCUUUUUUCUUUUCUAAAUUUUGUUGUGUCAAUGCGUGUUAUUAUGUAUUCCGUUUUCAA